AUGACCGAUGAUAUUCCAAAGGAUCGCAUCAAGGAUCUUAGACAAGAAACUAUCCUUUGCCGCGUAAAAUACCAUAACAACCUUCCAGAACUUCCCUUUGAUCCAAAAUUUUUGCCAUAUCCUUUCGAGUCUACUAGAUUUGUACAAUAUGCUGCGACGACGCUUGAAAGGAAUCACAAGCACGAACUUUUAUGCGAAACUGAUGUUGGAGUUGAUGUUGAACUUAUUGAUCCUUCUGCAUUUAAAACAGAUCGCAUAGUUGCAUGGUUGCGCAAGACGGAAUAUCUUUCCACUGAGCACUAUAACAAGUGGAAUAAAUCCGAGAAGAUCGAGACAAAACUUGGUCACAACAUUAAACAGCGAUUUGCUGAAGAAAUCGUGUAUCGGGACAGAGAAAGUCAGAUUAACGCCAUUGAAGCCACAUUUACUGCUGCUAAAAAACCGAUCCAGCGGCACUACAGCAAACCUGGGGUUCAUGCUGUUGAGGUUUUGCCCGUUCUUCCCGACUUCAAGUUAUGGCGUUAUCCCUGUGCUCAAGUCAUUUUCGAUGAUGACCCAGCUAGGAAAGGGAUCUCUGCUGCCGAACAGCGAGAGGAAGUUAAUCAAGCUGUUAUCAGGGGUAUGGUGGAUGAGACUGGUGACCAUUUCGUUGUUUAUUUCUUGCCCACGGAAGAGACCAAGCAGCAGCGACGUUUGGAUGCAGAAGCCCAUGUUGCUUUUACUGAAGGCGCCUCUUAUGAAUACGAGAAAGCGCGUGAAUACAAUUGGAAUGUAAAAAAUAAGACAAUGACUAACUAUGAGGAGAACUACUUUUUUGUUUUUCGCAAGGAAGACAAAGACUGCCCCUCGGGUGUCUAUUACAAUGAGUUGGAGACUCGCGUGCGACUCAGCAAGCGUCGAAAGAUGCAAUCUAACUUUGGAAGUGGUCCCAUGGCGCCGUCACAGCCGCCUUCUAGGAUGCGUUUGGUCGUGCAGCACAGGGACUUUACUUACGAGGAGCUGCAGGCACAAACAGCGCGUCUGGAUAUGCUUAAACACGAAUCAGAGGACGAAGAGGAAGAAGAAGCUGAGCAAGAGCAUGCGGAGACACAACAAAGCGACGGUGAGGAACCAAAGGAUAACUCUCCUCUACUUGAAUCCCCCUCUUCUGGUGCCUCUCAAGCAAAACGAGGGUCUCGGGUACAUUCAGAUAGUGACGGAGGACACAGCACUCUUGAGGAAGAUGAGGAAUCAGGACAUAGAUGUGUUCCUCAAAGUCAUUCAGACCCUAAGCGUUCCUCCACAAAACGCUCCACAACUGCUGCUGUCUUCUCAGAUGAUGAUGACGAGGAAGAAGAGGAGGGGGCAGAAAAAGAGGAUGAAGAGGAAGGGGGGGAGAUUCCUCACACUCGUCAUUCUGUGUCAUCUGACCUCUCAAAUGACAGCCCAUCGCGACGACAAUCACCAUUAACUAGCCACUUUUCUUCGAAAAGGUCGACUCGUAAAAGAUCGUUCUCAGAAGCUGAAGAUAACAGUAUAAGUGAUAAUGAGGAUGAGCGAUCACCUUCACCGCCGCCCUCCCAUCGGCGUCGUCAGGAAUUCAUCACUGCGCCCAGACCUCCGGUUAGCUCAUCUUCUAGACGUCCCGUCCUUAGUGAGAGUGACGACGAUCUUAGCAGUCUCAGUGGUUAA